AGGAAGAGAGAGAGAGAGAGAAGCACAGAGAGAUACGGUAACCUGCUGGACUCACAUGGUCCUGCUGCAGCGGACCAUACACCACCAGAACUCUCGAAAACCUCAACCACUUAACUUAACUUCUUUUUUUUUUAAUUUUCUCCCACUGCACCAUCUUAUAGUUUUGUUUGUCUUUUAGAGGAAUUUCUUCUUCUUCUUCUUCUUUUUAUUUUUUUUUCGCAUCCUUGCCGCGCGCAGCCCGGUCUCGGCCAGACUCGCGGCGGCCGGUGAAAGAAGCGUCAUGGCUCGGGAGAACGGAGACACCGGCAGCGGCGAGACGUGGAAGAAACAGGUCGACGACAUCAAGAAGAUCUUUGAUUUUAAAGAAGUCCUCGGAACAGGGGCGUUUUCAGAGGUGGUCCUGGCCCAGGAGAAGCUGACCGGCCGCAUGUUCGCCGUCAAAUGCAUCCCCAAGAAGGCGCUGAAAGGGAAGGAGAGCAGCAUCGAGAACGAGAUUGCCGUGCUGAGGAGGAUCAAGCAUGAAAACAUCGUUGCUCUGGAGGACAUCUAUGAGAGUCCGGACCACCUCUACCUAAUCAUGCAGCUGGUGUCAGGGGGAGAGCUGUUUGACCGAAUCGUGGAAAAAGGAUUUUACACAGAGAAGGAUGCGAGCACACUGAUCCGACAAGUCCUGGAUGCCGUGAACUACCUCCACAAGAUGGGGAUCGUGCACCGGGACCUGAAGCCAGAGAACCUGUUGUAUUUUAAUCCACAAGACGAAUCUAAGAUCAUGAUAAGUGACUUCGGUCUGUCAAAGAUGGAGGGCAGUGGCGACGUCAUGUCCACAGCUUGUGGGACGCCAGGAUACGUGGCUCCGGAGGUUCUUGCACAGAAGCCAUACAGCAAGGCAGUGGACUGCUGGUCCAUCGGAGUGAUCGCCUACAUCCUGCUGUGUGGUUAUCCUCCGUUUUAUGAUGAAAACGACUCUAAGCUGUUUGAGCAGAUCCUCAAGGCCGACUACGAGUUCGACGCCCCGUACUGGGAUGACAUCUCAGACUCUGCUAAGGACUUUAUCAGCUGUCUGAUGGAGAAAGAUCCAAGCAAGAGGUUCACCUGUGAACAGGCCCUCAGACAUCCCUGGAUCGCUGGGGACACAGCACUCUGCAAGAACAUCCAUGAGUCAGUCAGCCGGCAGAUCAGAAAGAACUUUGCCAAGAGCAAGUGGAGGCAAGCGUUCAACGCCACCGCUGUGGUGCGCCAUAUGAGGCGGCUACAACUUGGCAGCAGCAUGGGCAGCAGUAUGGACGCCUCCAACCCCAGGCCGAGCCAGACGCAGAGGCCGGCCCAAAGCCAGAGCCCAGCGGGCCAGAACCAAACUGCUCAGAGCCAAAACAGCGGCCAGGCGGCACCGAGCCAGGCGGCCAACAGCCACGCCAGCAAGAACUCCUCCAUAGAUAACAACGUAGCCGGUACACGCAAAGAAUGUCUUCCUGCGCCCGUCACCCCUUGCAGCCUGGCAUCUGCCGCCUCUUCCCCGGCCGCCGGAACGGAGCUGAACCGGCCCCACCCGUCGGCGGUGCCUGCCCCGUUGAUGACAGAGACCAAGUGACGGCAGGUCCCGCGGGGCACCAGCUGGGAGGCCACAGCGCUGUGAGAACGAGAGUCUAAGCUUUCGACAACAAUGUAAAAACGAAAAUGCGAAAUGGACGAAGAAAGAAGAGCGCAACCGUACUCUUCACCGUCCUUCCCGCUCUUGGAUGCGUUCUCUCUUGGAUAUGCCGCCCAACUAGUUCCCCGCCCUGCUCGAAGGAGAGCAGAGGACUCCAUUACCCACAAAAACCUUACGACAAUUGACGCUGCCAUUGCCAUACGUUACGGCCACCAGGAUAGCUUGCAGGAUUCUUCUCGUAGCAUCAAGGCAUCCGCUGACUCUCACCGAGCAAGUCUGCAUGGUCGGCUGCUCUGUGCUUACGCUGCAACUUUUGGGGGGAGGGGCUUAUGGAAUCUGGGCUGUCCUGUUUCGGUUUAUUCCGAUUAUUUUUAUUUUUAUUUUUUUUUUUUGACUGUUGGCAACUGGAUUGUUUGGUUCUUUUUUCUUCCUGUUCGUUUUAAAGGCGGUAUGUGUAACUUUCAGAGCAUCGCCACUUUGCUGUGAUGACUGUACAUAAGCCAUAGCCGAGAUAACUGACGAGGAGUCAGCCCCUUCAUCGCCGUUGUUCUGAAGGCGUUCCUCUCGAUGACGCCUUGUUUCUCAUAAUUCCCUUGUCUCAUAUCACCUUCACUGCAUUCUGCGUAUUGAAUAUUGAUGCAAAACAGAGUCAGAGCGUCUGUUUGCACUAGACUCUACCCAUGUUGAUACGUUUGGGUGAAAGUCUUAUGAAAGCUCCUCAGCCGCUUGUUUUCAACGUUCACGCUUGGAGAAGUGCUUUAAAAGAACCAUGUGACCGUUUGGAGAUGUGGAGACACCCGCUUUAUCUUUUUUGCACAGGGAAAGGUCAGACAUGUUGUCUCUGACCAAUUAGCUGCCAUGCACACGGAGACGGAAGAAGAAGAAAAAAGAAGAUGUUAAACCCAGAAACACAAACGGAUGUCUUGUAAUGGUUAAAUGUUUUAAGUUAUCGAAUUUGUUGGAUGAUUUUUAUUUUUUUUUGUCUUUUUGUAACAAUCACCCUUUAAGGGAGACACACAGAGGAAGCUGCAGACUGCAGAGAAUGAAGUAGGUCCCUGUGUAGCUGAGAACUGCCUCCACAUGGGAGUGUGUUCAAUAUGAAUGAGUUAGAGACCUGCCAGCAGCGCAACAAUGUAUUCACACCCAUUGAGCUUUUUAGUCACAUUACAACACAUUUCAGCAAGUUUGUCAUGAUGCUGCCACCACCGUAUUUCCACCAGUCAUUAAUGUAAGUGGGGAAUCCCAAACGUUUCCAUGACAUGGCUCCCCAAACUUCUGACUGGGCCCGCCGCCCCCUGAACAAGCCAAACAUCAACUUUUACAAUGUUUACACAUUUAUUUCACUAUUCAAUAAUUAUUACAUGUGUUUAGCAUAAAUGCUA